UUCCUUUCCAACCCACCACCCAACCAACCCCCGGCUGAGCUCUCACUAACCCACAAAGGUAACAGGGUUACCCACUUCCUCCUGUGUUCGCCUUCACCCGGAGCAUACGUCUUAACCCCCCGCUUCCGCCCUCUCCCCGCAGAGUUCUCGCUAUCCGUCGUGAUCAAUAAUGUCCGUCGAAGAGAUCGUCACUCCCGCCGCCCCCGCUGCCGCAACCGCCGGAAAGCAGGAGAGGCCCGUGAAGCCCGACCAAGCAACCUACGAAAAGACCCUCAAGGAAAUAGACAACAACAUUGAGACCCUCAAAAAGAAACACGCCGAGGCCCAACAGAAACUCAACGGCACCGACAAUAUCAACGACGCUUAUGCUGACAGACGUAAAGAGUUCCGGACUGCUUUGGAUGAUUUGAUCAAGGAGAGCAAUGCUAUCAGAGAUAACAGGCAGAAAUUGAUUGAGAAGCAGAAACAGAUUCAGGAGGGGCUUCGCGCUAGGACAAACGAGAGCAAGUCGUCGAAGGACCGUUUGGGCUACAAGAGCGUAGAAGACGUCGAGAAGCAGAUCCUCACCCUCGAGCGCCAACAGCAAUCAGGCGAGCUCUCCCUCCUCGAAGAGAAACGCAUCGUCGCUGAAAUCUCCAACCUCAAGAAAUCCAAAAAGAUCCUCGAAGGUCUUGCUGGCCAGCAAUCGUCCGUGGAAGCCGACAAAGCCCUCCUCGAUGAGAUCCGCAAGCAAGUCGAUGCCCUCAACCCGGAACGCACCGCCCUGCAACAGAAGAUCGACGCCGUGAAAGCAAAGUUGGCCGAAGUCGACACGGAACGCAAAGGCAAGCUGGGUACACUCAACGAGCUCCGCGACGACCGCAAAGCCGCCAAAGCUGAACUGGACGCCGAAUUCGAGAAACGCCGCGCGUUGAAGGCCGAACACAAAAAGCUGAACGACGAGUGGUACGCCUUCCAGCGCGAGGAGCAGGCGCGGAAACGCGAGGUCUACCAGGCGAAGGUGCGUGAGGACCGCGAGGCGCGACUCGCUGUCCAGGCUGAACGCGAACGUGAGGCGGCCGAGAUCCCGGCUUACACCGACGAGAUCAACCAAUGCAUCACAUUGAUCCGUCUCCUUGACGGGUCCAAAGCCCCCUCCACCACCACUGUGACCACCCCGGCCGCCACCACCACCAACAUCCGCAAAGUCUCCGCCCUCCCUGAAGGCGCGGUCCUCGUCAAAAAGCAAGAAGAGGACUUCAUGGUCCUCGGCGGCGGCAAAAAGGGCAAAAAGGGCCCUAAACGCCCCACCACCUCCGACUCUCCCACCCCUGCAACAAUAAAACCCUUCAAGCUCGACUUUGACAUCAUCGACCAGUUCCAGCGCUUGAAGAUCACCCUCCCGACCUCCGCUGCCGACGUGCCUGAGGCAAUCAAGGCGUUGGAGGAGAAAAAGAAGUGGUAUGAGGAUCACCAGGCUGAGGCGACUGAGAAGGCCAAGGCGGCGGCCGAGGCGAAGGUUGCGGCUUUGAGGAGGGGUGAGGAGAAGACUGUGGAGACGGCAGUGGAGGCUGAGGCUGUUGAGACGGCAUGAGCGGACCCUUUUAUCAACGGAACUGUCGUCACAUGCAAUCUAUUUAGACGAAGAGACUUGUAGAACCUCCCUCCUAACCUAAUGCAAAUCCAUGCAUUUCUCACCACAACACAUAUUUGGACGCAUAAUUAAUUAUUAUGAUUCUGAUCUUUCAACUGAUCCAAGUUGGCCUUUUCGUUCAUUUAUUCAUUCCCCAUUUUGGAGUCGGUUUUG